AGAUACAUUGAAUCUGGACACAACCGUUUUACCAUUUUUCGAAUUAUAAAUCAGUUAGUUCAUCAAAUCAUCUCAUCUUCAUCUUCUUCUUCUCCGUAAGCUUCAAUCGAAAACCAGAUUUGGAUUCCGGUGGAUUCCUCAGGGUUUGCGGUAAUCCAUUUGUGAAUCCGGUGAAGUGCGAUGGCUCCGAGUAUAGCUGCUCUGGCUGCGCCACCGGCGAAUCCCUCAAAGAAGGGAGAGACGACGGUGGUGGUAGCGGAAGAGGAGUUGAGGGAGAAAAACGAGGAAUUGGAGAGAGAAUUAAAGAAAAGUUUAGAGAGGGAGGAGAAAAUGAGGAAGGAAUUGCAGAAUACAUCUCAGAGACUCAGAGUCGUAGAGGAGGCUGAGGAGCGUCUCUGUUUUCAGCUUGGAGAGUUUGAAGUGGAAGCCUUAGAUCAAGCACGGGCCUAUCACGCCCAAAUCAGGUCCCUUAUGGAUCAACUCUCUCAAGCUCACAAGCUUCUUCAAGUCCACGCCUGCAACCAUGCCCUUUCCCUGUAAGAAAAAGGUCGUCUUCCCUUCUUCUUGUUAUACCUUUUGGUUUUGGGAUUUUUUAGUUUGCUUAUGUAUCAGGCUAGAAAGGAGGCUUUCAAUUUCUGAAGUAAAUUAUGUAAAUGAAAUUAUAUGAAACAAAUUAGGCUC